AUGUCAUACCAUUUUAUAUAUUGGUACUUGGUAUAUAGAAAUAAUUGUAUGAAACAUCGUUCUGAACAAAGUUUAUUAUUACAUAAUUUAAAUGACUAUGUAUGGAAUUUUGAAUAUAAUUAUAAGAAUGAUUUUUGGCACCAUAUGGAAAAGAUUGCUGAAGUAAUAGAACAAAUGUCAACAAAGUUGGUUACGGCUUUACUCACAAAAACAGAUAAAACUAUUUGGAUAAUGAAUACAAGAGAAGAAUUAGAUGAAAAAUGUGUGGAUAUUAAAAUAAAUUUUAGAUAUGAAUUAGCUAAUGAUUAUAAUUAUGAUCCAGUUACUUUAAAAUACAUGAUCUAUACUUAUAGUUUGCCAUGUUUUAACUCUAAAACUAAAUUUGACGCAGAAUUGUUGUGUAGUUAUAUGGGGCAAUAUUUUGAUGCAUAUGGUCUUGAUGAAGAUAAAAUUAAAAAAUAUACUGAUCUAACAAUAAUUCCACCACAUAUAACACUGUCUGAAAUAACUAAAAAAUUAUUUCGUGUUCGUAAUAAAAAGAAAUUAAAACUAUACCAGGAUGUUUUAGCCUACUUUUUAGCAAAACCAAUAACAAUUAAGCUAACUUCUGAACAUU